AAGGAGGGAAGAAGCUAGCAAAGCAAUAUCCUAUUGUGUUCCUCUGAAACGGAGUGAAGGAAUGUUCAUCUUCUUUCUCCUCCUGCUAAUUUGAACAUAGUGGAAUACUGAAUUCAUGGGUGGGGUAACUUCUUCAGUUGCUGCGAAGUUUGCGUUUUUCCCACCCAAUCCGCCUUCCUACAAGCUUGUUUCUGACGAUGUUACUCGCCUUUUGCUCCUUCACCCUUUCCCUCACCGGGAAAAUGUUGACGUCUUGCGCCUUCCUACCCGCCGUGGCACGGAAAUUGUUGCUGUCUACGUCAGGUGCCCUAUGGCCACCUCCACGCUGCUCUAUUCACAUGGCAAUGCCGCUGAUAUCGGGCAGAUGUAUGAACUCUUUAUCGAGCUCAGCGUCCACUUGCGUGUGAAUCUAAUGGGGUAUGACUACUCUGGCUAUGGGCAGUCUACGGGAAAGCCAAGUGAGCAAAAUACUUAUGCAGAUAUUGAAGCAGCAUAUAAAUGUCUUGAAGAAAAGUACAGUGCCAAGCAGGAACAUAUUAUCCUCUAUGGUCAGUCUGUUGGAAGUGGUCCAACUUUGGAUCUUGCAUCACAUUUGCCUCGUCUAAGAGCUGUUGUUCUGCAUAGCCCUAUACUGUCAGGGUUAAGAGUCAUGUACCCUGUGAAGCGUACAUACUGGUUUGACAUUUAUAAGAACAUUGACAAAAUUCCAUUGGUACAGUGUCCUGUACUCAUAAUUCAUGGAACUAAUGAUGAUGUUGUUGACUGCUCUCAUGGCAAGCAACUUUGGGAACUUUGCCAAGAAAAAUAUGAACCUCUAUGGGUCAAAGGUGGACGCCACUGUGAUUUGGAACUCUACCCUGAGUAUAUUAGGCAUCUCAAGAAAUUUGUAUCAACCGUUGAGAAAGCACCUUCACGAAGAAAUGAUUCUAGGAAAAGUACAGAUGGUAUGGAACGGUCUAGAUGGAGUAAUGAUUGUUUUGAGGCACCAAGGAGGAGUACAGAUCGCAGAGAGAAACCAAGAAAAAGCACUGAUAGGCCUGAAAAACUGAAAUUUCACGAGUACAAGUUAAACAAUAAUGACAAGCUGGAAAAGUUAAGACUUUCGUGUGACCUAGUGGGGAGGUCACGAAGAAGUUUGGAAUACCAGGAAAAAUCUAGGAGAAGCAUUGAUCAGCAGAUGGAAAAAGCACGGAAGAGCGUUGACUGGGUGGAUAAAAUUCGAGCUGUCUAAAACCUUUGUGAAAUUCAUCACUGACGUUCUUUUAUUGAGGGUUGGGGAAAGUAGAAAUUGCGGAAAAUGAGAAAAUUGUCUGGGAUUUAACUUAUUGGUUUAGACUUUUUCUUGGUCUUUCAAGUUGCAUAAGAACUAACUCAUAGAUUAUAAAGUUUGAUAUAUCUGGAUACGUUAUCCUUUCAUUGUUAAUGAAAAACAUCUGACCUC